CCCGCGGCGUUCCGUAGCGCGAGCGGGAGCGGUUCCGUAGCGCGCGCGCCCACGUCGCCCGUCUGCGGAGGGCUGGGGAGAUGGCGGCGCAGAAGAUAAACGAGGCGCUGGAGCACAUCGCUAAGGCGGAGAAAUAUCUGAAAACUGGAUUCUUAAAGUGGAGACCAGAUUAUGACAGUGCAGCUACGGAAUAUGGGAAGGCAGCUGUUGCUUUUAAGAAUGCCAAGCAGUUUGACCAGGCAAGGGAAGCCUGUUUACGGGAAGCUGAGGCACAUGAAAACAAUAAAGCUCUCUUCCAUGCUGCCAAAGCUUAUGAACAAGCUGGCAUGAUGUUAAAGGAGAUGCAGAGGCUUCCUGAAGCGGUUCAGCUGAUUGAGAAAGCCAGCAUGAUGUACCUGGAGAAUGGAACACCAGACACAGCAGCUAUUGCACUGGAACGGGCUGGAAAGUUAAUUGAAAAUGUGAGCCCAGAGAAGGCUGUACAGCUCUAUCAACAGGCAGCAUCAGUGUUUGAAAAUGAAGAACGUUUACGGCAAGCUUUAGAAAUGCUAGGGAAGGCGUCAAGACUUCUAGUCAGAGGACGCAGAUUAGAUGAGGCUGCAUUGUCUCUGCAAAAGGAAAAAAGUAUUUAUAAGGAAAUUGAAAAUUAUCCAACAUGCUAUAAGAAGACUAUUGCUCAAGUCUUGGUUCAUCUUCACAGAAAUGAUUAUGUUGCUGCAGAAAGAUGUGUGAGGGAAAGCUAUAGUAUACCAGGAUUUAAUGGAAGUGAAGACUGUGCUGCACUAGAGCAACUUUUAGAAGGGUAUGACCAGCAAGAUCAGGAUCAAGUUUCUGAAGUUUGUAAUUUACCACUUUUCAAGUACAUGGACAAUGAUUAUGCCAAACUAGGUCUUACUUUGGUGGUCCCAGGAGGUGGAAUCAAGAAGAAAUCACCAAAUGCUGCACAAGACAAAGCAAGAGGACCAGCCACUGUGGGCUCUCAUGCUGAGGAGGAGGAAGAUGAAUAUUCUGGUGGACUCUGCUAGUUGCAGACAUAGGUUAUCUUAAAUACCUGACUUGUUUGUGAUGUUGAGCUUAUCCAAAGGUACUAGAUUUAUCAGUACUUCAUUGCAAUCAUGAUAUGAGAAUGCUAAUAUUAACUUGGCAGCUUUUGGGUACAAAAUAGGAAAAAAAGCAUGAUUGUACCUAUCAUCUUGAAGCGCUUUUGGUUUCAAUUUCUUACCCAGUAGGAGUUUCCUCAGAGCCCUUCCUUCAGUUGAUGGGAAAAAUGAAAGAGGAAUUUUUUAUUAUAAGCGUAGUUAGAAAGAAACCAAAACUUUGGACAGAAGCACUGAGGUAGGGAGAGAGGAACAAAAUUUAAAAUGCUGGAUUUUGACAGCUGGCACUUCUUAGACCCUAGAACAGGUUUGUGAUUAUUUUCUGCAAGUUAAAAAGAUCAUUCAUAUUGACAUUUAUCUCCUGUUUGACACUAUUUGAGGAAGACUGACUGUACCAGAUAGUUCUUGCAAACAAAAUAAGAUGUUAAAAUAAUAUUCAUCAGUGGGUAAAGUUAUGUUCAAAAUAAACAAUGCUCCCACUGGAGAUUUUUCUGCUGGUAUAAGUACUAUCUGCAUGAGUCUGGAAAAUACUAGGUUAACUAGUUUGAUGCUGUUUUACAAGCUUGAAAGUACAUACACAUGCAUCUUUCAUUCCAAGAACAUUAUUGACCUGAAAUCUGGAAUUACAUGUUUGUGUAGUGUUCAUAAUGUGUAUCUUGGGAUGAAAGGAUUGACAGCCAGCCUUUCUUGUGUUAGUAGUCUUUCCUAAGAAGAGCAUGCCAUAAUCAAAACAGAAACUGAAGGUUGCAGUUAAUACGCAUUGAAAAUAAAGCUCUUCAGACAAGGUUUAGCAAAAAUCUAGGUGAAAUGUUUGUGAAUGUUUGAGCUUUAUGAGUAUUUCAGGUGUUAAUUUCUCAUCAAUACUGUAGGCUAUGAAGACAUUUCUUUUAUAUUUUCAAGGCAUAAAACAGCUAUUGUUUGGAAAUGACACUUUUCAAAUUAGCUUAGAAUUUAUUAACAAUAACAAAGUUACAUGAAACAUCUACUGUGUAGUCUUCCAAAGUAACCACAUUUUUAAAGUAUCUUCUGCAUUUUUAAUUUGAUUUCAAGUUGUCAUGUCUUGUGCAAGCUUCCAUAGUGUCUUAAUUUGUCAAUUUUAUGCCUAAAAGUUGGAGACCCUAGAAAUGGUAUCUGCAGUCUGCUUUUCAGAAGUAGCUAAUGAAGAUCUGCACUAGAGUGACGUCACUUGGUAUCCAGCUGUGACAUACGUAUGGGUGGUGUGUAAUGCCCAGAUUUCAGUAAAAGUAGACCAAAAGCACAGUAUAAGUGUCAAUACAGUUUCUGCUAUGUUAAGGAAUUAACUGUUUUCAAAAAUGUCAAGUGUGUCUGACAUAAUUCAGAAGGUGGUAAAUUUUAAAAAGACUUGCAUUAACUUCCCUUGCAGCAGAAGUUGUUAGCAGCAUUGUGAUGAGGGUACAAGCUACACUUAAGAUUCUUAUUCAGCAUGAGUUUGAUAACAAUGACAGCUGCUUAGAAGUCACAUUCAAUUUCCUGGAUGUUUGAAGAACUUUUUUUUUUUCCUUUGACUUAGUAAUGGCUUGGAUUUUAGAGCUACUUGAAAGUACACUGGUGGUUCCUUGUGUGCCAGAUAGUUUCCAUUUAUUAUUUAGGAAGAUGCUCUUCCACAAAAUAGCCUAAAUGAAAUGUAGCGAGUUGCUUUUAUGUCGGAACGAUUAGGAAUUUACAGGAAGGAUGGUUUUGAAGACCCUCCUGCAACUUUACUUUUCUUACCAUUGAAGCAACUCACUGCAGUUUACUGAAACUUCUGCCUUCUGGAUUUGUUCAUGAAGAUCAUGAUGCACUUAUGGGGAACUUUAAACGUAAUUAAAAAAGGUUACACAUUUAGAAGCACUGGGAACACUAAGUAAUUUUCUUCAAGCUUUUCCUGCUGCAGAUGGCAUUUGUACCACUAAGCAUUUCGAGUUCUGAAAUUAAUUUUGUUCAGUAAUUCAAAGGAGUCUACUUAUUUUUGUGUGUAAACAGUUGCAUAUAUCUGAGAAGACAACAUGCGUAGGGGAAUAAAACUAAUAAAACAGUCUUGUGUCUGUUUGUGCAAGGAAUUGCAGAUUUGAUCGAAAUUGUCCUUAAAACACUAAUGAGCUCUUAAAAGAAACAUUCAAGUUUAUGCAUUCAGUUUUUAAACAAAGACUACUUUUCGUGUUGCCCUCAAAGAAUUUUAGAUAUGCAAUGCUGUCUGUCGUCUUCACUCCCACAGCUUUAUUUUUUUUUUUCCUGGGUAUCAAACAUCCCUGUGCCAAAUAUAGAAAAUCUGGGACAGAAAUAAUUUGUACUAAACACAUUAAGUUGCCAUUGAACUAAAAGGGGCUUGUCUCAAUCUUAGAAAAAUAAUCUUAAUAUUUGACUGCAGUGUUGCUUCAAAGACCAAAUCUGCAGAAAUGGAAGAGGCUGAAAAUGAGAUGGUCUAUUUUAUAUAACUUAUUCUCUUAUUUUAGGUAAUGAAAGUGUAAUUAAAAAUGUUAACUGCCUUUUAGUAAGUGUUUAACUGUAAACCAAGCUGUCUGUAUAUUGUGUUAGUGUUGUUUCUAUCUUUCCAAACAAUUUGCACACUUUUGUAAUUAUUCAAGUAAUUUAAAGUGAAAAUAUACCGUUUAGAGCAGGUGAAAGUUUCCAAAAACAUUGGGGACUGUAAGGAAAAAUAAAAUGAAUUUGUGCAUGAAGACUGAGAUGAUCAAUGUAUAUGUAAAAUCAGAUUAUUUCUAAAUUAUCUCUUAUUUAAGACUCAGUAUACCCAAAUGUUGGUAUGAAGUAUUCAAGCAAUGUGGAAACCUGUGCUUUUUGCUCCUUUUCCGAAUCUCUGUGGUGUAUUAGAGUAUGAAAUGUUUUUGUAACAGCUCUGCAGAUGCUGCCACUGUGAGAAGAGGUUCUAUGUUCAACCAGUAUCAAAAUAAAACUUGAAAUUGA